CAGAAACAAAAACCUUUAGACAAUAAAGAUAAAGAUCGCAAACUUCUUCUUUAUCCAUCAAAAUAAAAAAUUAUCGCAAAAUGCCUGCAAUGAAUGACUAUUCUUCUUCAUCCACUUCUUAUAAUUUUUCAGGUAAUAUAUCAUCGUCUUCUCUACAUUCUGUACGUAAAGUAACAUCAAAACCAUGGAAAAAACCAGUUCCAUCCCAGCAGUUGCCACCACAAAUCAGAGUCUAUUGUGUGGAAUCAUCUAGUUUUCGGAAAGUCGUACAGGAACUCACUGGUGCUCCUAAAUUCCAACGGAAUCGUCUUCGACAAUUUGCUCCUCCACCAAUAAACAUUAUUAAACGGUCACCACGGCAACAAUUUGAUAACAGUUCGUCACAACAAAUACCAUUACAGCAGCCACUGCAACUUCCGCAGGCACAACAACCGCAGCAAGAACAGCAACAACAACUAUUAGAAGCUCAGUAUGAAGAACAUCAUGAGAUACCAUUAGAAGUAGAUUACGAUAUCGACUUCUCAUCACCAGAGCCUCUUGUUAAAGUUAACAACGAGAAUUUAUUUGAAAGUAAUUCACCUUCAGUUGCAGCAGCACUUACUUCUAUAGGCUUGAUGUCGCCAACGACUUGGAAUACAUGGUGCUCUGCUGCUUCAUCACCUCUUUUAAGUCCUGGAUCCAUGUUCGCGUUGUUUGGAGUUUAAGACAAGAUCGGUAUAUGUGUAUGUGUCAUUAGUUAACCACAUCUUUGGUGUUUCUCUCUUUGUUGUUUUUUGUGUUUGCUAAAUUUUGUUAAUUUCUCUAAUUUUGGUUACUGCUUGUUUAAUAGCUAAUAAUUGCAUGUUUAAUGGUUAUGCUGAAGUAUUACCUGUACAACUUUUAUCUCAGUAUGAAACAAAAAACACUUCGGUUC